AGAAGCGUUCAAUCUGUGAUUCUCGGCCCACCAUCCCGUAAUCAAUGGUUAAACUUCGGAGUUCCGCACCAGUCUUUGGUGAUGAGUUUCCCUGUCGACCUUCCUGCCCAAGUGAUUGCAGGAGCAGGAGAACUCGUCGUCCGUUCGCUGGUGUCCGACGGUUGCUUUCUAUACGUUUUCUCUUCUAAAGGCCUGUUGAAAAUUGGGUCAGGCUAUGGCAGUUCUAUUAGGCAACAUGUUUAUUUGCAUAAGCCUGACUUCUUCGCUGGCGAUCGUCAUGGUUGGCUUGGACAUUGCCAGGGAAAGUUGUAUUCCAGAAUAGGAAGAAAAAAGACUGAAGUUUUUGAAAUUGACAAAACCACACUCGAAGUGAAACAUGUGAUAAAGCUCGAUCCUGGAUCACCGCCGCCGGUAGACCCGAAAUCGGCUGUCUUUUCCGACGGCCAACAAUUGGGGCUGAUUAUGCUAGCAAGUUUUGAUAACUUAAUGAUUCGAAUGUAUGACGUUGAAAACUUAUGUGAUCGUCCUGAAGGCUCUAUGUCGCUGCCGUGCAACAAAGAGCUUAAAGUACAUCUUUUGAGGAACCGCACUUUGACAUUUGGCAAAGCGCCUUUUGAAGACGGCCUGUCCCGACGGAACACCGACUUAGAUGCCCCUAUUGCGAUGCAACUAGAUGAUAAUGACGAUGACCCCCUUGCUGGCAUUUGUGCUGGACAGGAUUUCGGACUUUUGACAACUACUUCAGGAAAGGUUUACUACACAGGAAAAGGUACAAGUCUGGGUUAUAAAGCUGCGACUCCACACCCAGGUCGAUGGACAUUGAUGAAGGAAACCUUGUUCAAUCGAAAUGAUGCCCCCAGUGGCAAAAAAUGCAAGGUCAUACAGGUAGCAGUGGGUCACGAAGGCGUUCAUGCAGUGUUUGUGCUUGAUAAUGGAACAGCGUUGUUCACCGGCAUUGCUCGCCGAGGGGAAGAUGGCGACGCUAGCAAACACAGGCGCACACCCAAACCUACUAGGCCUAAAAAAAUUUUAAAGGCGGACGGACACUUCGUUGUUAGUGCAGCGUGCAACUACGGGUCAACAGCGCUAGUUACGAGACAAGGUUUAUUAUUAAUGUUCGGAAAAGACACUUUGCAUUGCGACCCCUCCGGAGUCGUGACCGGACUGCGUCAUGAACGCAUUAUACAGGUUUCACUGGGGAAAGCUCACGCAGUAGCACUAACAGGCUUUGGACAAGUGUACACUUUUGGAAUCAACAACAAAGGGCAGUGCGGUAGAGAAUUCGGUUACACUAAAGAAAAGUCGUUUCCAGGACGGCGACACAGCGCGAACCGUGAAGACGUCCGAAUUUGUUCUUCGGCGCACACGUGGACAACAGAUUAUUGCCGCGUCUGCAUGUUGUGUCGCGAAUGCACCGGUUUUGCAUCCUGUCAGUGCGCUAACCUCCCUAAUAGAGUCCCUGGCGAAAAAUGCGGUUGCGGCGAGGGUGAUAGCGGGUGCAGCGCGUGCGGCAUUUGCCGAAGGUGCGCGGACACUUUUACAGCGCCCAAUCGUUCCGAGCGGACGACUACUAUUACCACAGACUUGGAUGAUGACGCUUCUGUCAAGUCCGAUACUCGGAGCGACAAAGAUAUAGCUAAAUACGAGGGACAUAUAAAUACAUCGGAGCUAGAUCGCGAUUCUAGUUUGAAAAUAAGCUGUUUGCCGCCUGCACGAAUCGCUGUGCCUGGUGGGCACAAAGUUAUCAAUAUUUCUUGUGGACUGCAUCACACUGUCAUGCUCACUGAACAUGGUGAAGUUCUAACAUUUGGGUCGAAUCAAUACGGGCAAUUAGGCGCUGGCGAUGUAUCAGUUCAUCACAGGAUAGUGCGCGUGCGUGUGCCUAGGGCACAGGCCGUAGCCGCCGGUAGCAACCAAACUGCUGUGCUUACUAGAGACGGGGAACUUUUCACGUUUGGAAAUUAUCAGAGAGGCUCACUUGGUCGACCACGAAUCGAAGAGUCAGCUAGAUCAGACCGGUGUCCAAUCUGGUACGCAACACCCGGUCGAGUACCCAAGAUAGGACCUCGACAUGCAUGUAAGGCAGUAUGGGUGACGUCCUCUGGCGAACAGACUUUUGUCCAGGUGUCGCAGGCCCUAAUAAAGACUGACACAUUGUUUAGCUCCACUAUUACUGCUAACAAUAACAGUAUAGUAAUCCUACCCAACAGGCCAGAACAUACGUUCAAAUGCAUAACAAUAAACAAAAUCGACGGUACAUGUAACGCUUGGACUGGACCGGAGCAAGUUGACUUUGUAAAUUCUCUCGCUUGUCUCGACCCGUUGUACGACGUUCUUUGGUGCUAUCAACCUCAGAUGAGAGUUAUGAAGUGUUACAACAUUCUGGCUUUUGACCCACAUAAGUUGCAGCGGUGCUGCAAUAACGAACCCGACGUUUAUUCGGUUGACGCGGAAUAUGAAUAUCCUAAUUACGGAAGCAUGAAAAGACUAGAAGACUUCAAAAAUCUUGAGAAUCUCGAUCUUUCUUUCAACAAUGAAGAUCGACCAACGAAUGUUGCUCUUUCAACUAUGUCGAUUCUCAAUCAAGAGUUGGCGAUUCCUUGUGUCCUAGGCUGUUCCGUGACAAGAAUGCAUGCCUCGUUGCAUUUGCUGGGUUGUUUAGAUUCCCUCACUUUUGCACAUGACACCAGAUUGAAUCAAAUGGAGUGCAAAAGAGAUAAUGCAUCGUCUCCCAUCGUGCCAGUGAAGGAGGACUUUCAAACAGUAAACAGAUUUGAGAGCCAUGGCGGUGGCUGGGGCUACUCUGGACAUUCCGUCGAGGCUAUCCGGUUUAUGUGCGAUACUGACAUCUUGCUGGGGGGUUUUGGUUUGUAUGGUGGUCGCGGUGAUUACACAGCGAAGAUUAAGUUGUUUGACAUUGGUUCUGAAGGCGGUGAUCAGGAAGGCGAUGGUGACUUAAUUGCAGAAAGUGACGAGGUGGUUUACGAGUGCGCCCCCAGAGACAGAUAUCCAGUAUUAUUUGAUGCACCCAUACCAUUGACGGCUAAUCGGUGGUACAUCGCAUGGGCCUGCAUAAAUGGACCUUCAAGCGACUGUGGAUCGUCAGGUCAAGCUAUGGUCAUCAAUGACGAAAUUGGGUUUCAUUUCAAAACUUCUAAAAAAUCGAACAACGGCACAGACGUCAAUGCAGGCCAAAUACCUUCUCUGCUGUACAAUAUUGUCAGCCCAGACCAAGCUAUUCCCAUCAGGAGCGCGGAACUUGAUGAUCCCGUUAUAAUUUUGUCUAAGAACAUAUCCAGAAAAGUCACAGUACAAUGCUUUAGAUCUUUGAUAACACUGUUGCAUUAUAGUUGGAACACGUUCAAAGACAUUGUUUUAGAAACAAAUGGCCAGAUACCCAUAAAUUAUCAGAAGUUGACUAUGAUGAAACAUCAGAAAAGAUUAGUUUAUGUCAUCAGAGCUUGCCUUAGGCUUGUUAAAUCGUACAUAAACGAGAUCUAUCCGCAAGACGCCAAAAAACGGAACUCUCAUGAAUAUAUGUCCUAUUUUGAACCAAUCGCCGAUGUGAGGAAUUUGAUACAGGGUGUCAUGUCUGAUCCGACGCCUGCCUGCUCGAUGUUACCACGGAAGCCAGGCAAAAAUAAGGCCCACAGAGUGUGCUACGUGCAGUUUGCGUUGGAAUUGACCAACUCAGUACUGAAGGAAUGUCAUGAGACAAUUACAGCGUGCUACCAUGCCUUUUUUCCCACUCCGACAUUAAAGUGGAAUCAUUUAUGCUCGCUACUGUUUCACGUAAAGGACGGCGUGGUACCCCAGUCUCAGAUUCGCGAACUGACUUCUAGUUGCGCAGCGAUGUGCGCCUCAAAAAGCCUUCGCGAUGUCCUACAAUACAUUGUCCCUGUUACUCAGAAUAGUCUUAUGGCUAUUGAAAGUCGAAGAUCUGACAGUAAGAUCAUGAAAGAAAUGCCGUCUUUGAAGUCAGCUACAGUGCCUCGGUCUUCGCACGGUCAGAAACCACCCCCGGUUCCACCGCGAGCAAAUAACAGAGAAACUAUAAAGCCAGUGGACUCAUUGGACACAAAACCAUGUCACAAGGAAUGGAAUUUACUGGAUGUGAUACCAAAGUUGCUUGACAUUGUAAUGAUCCCUAUAAAGCAACAGAUGAUGACGCGUCAAUGCGGACAGCCGCACGAUCAUGGCGAAAUUAAGCAAUACGAACGACUAUCAGAGUUCAGUUGCAAGUUGACGACCAGAAUUGUCGCGGAGUUAUCUUACAGUGCCACCAACAUUAGGGAGGAUCAAGAGACAAACACAGUGAAGCAUCUAAUAACGCCGUCGCGUUUCAUGCGUAUGAACCAAUCGCGUGCGUGGAACACCGGCAACGGCAGUCCCGACGCGAUUUGCUUUACCGUCGAUCGUCCUGGCAUCAUGCUUGUGGGCGUCUGCGUAUAUGGCGGAAUGGGAAAUUACGAAUAUUCCUUGGAGUUGUUACACGACGUUCGGUUGCGCAGCGGCGUUGAGGACACGAAUCCCUCUCACUGCUGGGUGAGCGUGGAAAUGGCCCAUGGUGCUUUCUCGGCGGCUGAAUGCCAGCACGACAUGGUGCAGCUCAAGUUCGAUAAACCUGUACCUUUGAAGGAGGAUCUGCGUUACGCGAUAAGACUAUGCAACCACGGCGGCCGAACAGCCAACGGCGAUUGCGGUUUGCCAUCUGUGAAGGGCCCGGAUGACACCACGUUCCGUUUCGCCUCUUGUUCCUUGAGCUUCAACGGGACUACGCUUGCAAGGGGGCAGAUACCCUGUCUUAUUUAUUUUAGUACAUCUAAAUCUCUCACCAACGACCCGUCGCAAAGUACGGAUUCUUUAAUAACGGCUAUCCGAAGUAUAACCCUACGUGUUGCGUCGAUGGUUAUGGAGAGAGGAGCUGAGCUAUUCUGCACUCUACGCAACGAAUUGACAGCCGAAGAUCUGAGAAAAAACGCUGCAGUAUUGCAGCAUUCUCCUGCCAUAAAUACUUUACUGCCGUACACUUUGGCUAACCUCGAUGGCUUGGAUGAUUCUAAGAGCGUUAUCAAACUCCUGGAGAUGAUACAUAAACUGCUGCCACACGUUGCGGCAAUGAACCUUUUGGUGCCCAGCGUUGACGAGAUCUGUUCGACAACCACACAGUUUUAUGCAUGGGUCGAGAGUGAUCAUCCUUACAAACAAGCUACCGUUACGAGUAUGAGAGUAUUAUUCCCUGCAACCGUAUCUUGGAUAGUUUUGGAAAUGGAUCCUCGAAGUGUCACCGCUCAACCUGAGGACACAUUGACAAUUUACGCCGUGGCUGGUACGCCUAAACACAGAUGCCACUGUUCAAAUGAAGUGCGGGUACUUGACCCGCCCUACCGCAAGGUAUAUAAGCGUGUCAUACAACUGACAUCAGACACGGGUGAAGUUGAGGACCUCGGUGACGAAGGCGACGCCGACGCCCCUUGCAUGCAUUACAACUGCACUUACAUCAGCGUUACACCUAAACUAGCUAACGUUCAAUCUGAAUGGCCUCAAAAGGCGCUUUUGGUGCCCGGUAACGAAGUGGUGUUCUCAUUGGAGACAUCUUCAGACUACCUGACAGAAUACAAUAAGAUCAACAAUGAAGAAAAUCAUUUCGGCUUUCGCUGUCUGUGCAUGGGCUAUGAAGACACUCCAUUCACAUCGCAACGGCAAGGCUUAGUAGCUUUGGAGAUGGAGCUCGUCUAUGCCGGAGCUGCUUGUGCGUCAAGACUUCUAGCGCCAGAUCUGGACAUACCGCCACUUUCAUUUUCUACGAUAAUGGAAGUUCAAGUGCUGGCAAUGAUGGGCUCGAGUCCCUCGACUGCGGAGGGUGAAGCCGCGCCAGACGCGAGCGAAACCAUUUUACUCUCGCGAGGACUUGAACUUUCCUCUCCACCUACAAUACAUCACAUUCUUGACGGGCAGCCUUUGUUGCGGUGUGUGUCGACUGAGAGGCAAUUUCUAUCGGAUUUCGUGGCGGGUGCCGAAAGCACUGCUGGAGGACGACUAGCACGAUGGCUGGCUCCCACAUCACGCGUGGAGCCGACCAACUGUGAACUGAAAGCCCCUGUAACACCUGCCCGACCAGCUGUGAAGAUGACUCUACCCAUCCUCGUGCGAGAUCAAUAUGGGGAAAACGUUACUUCGCCUGCUCUCAGAGUUGAGGUGGUGGUCCAAAGACUGGAAGAAGCUGGGUCGCGACAAAGCCGAGCGUCUCUUGCGGAUGCGCGACGUGGCAGCAUCCCUGAUAUGCCUUACCAUCCCACUAUGCGCGAUACAAUGUGCUUCCACGCUAUCACCAUGAUGAAGGCGUACCAAAACUAUUCGUUCGAAGAGCUUCGUUUCGCAAGCGGACUAUGGGGUGAAUCUUGUCACGGUGCCAGUAGCCUUGUGUCGAGCGGUCGUGUACCAGCAGAGAGGCUUCCAGUACCUGCGCAACCAGAUGGCUCUUACGUCGCCACUUGGACUCCUCGAGCUCCUGGAGCAUAUAUCUUUAGAUGUACUCUUGACGAUCAGCCGGCUCCCCAGGAAUUAACAAUAGAAGUAGCGGAGCAUGCAGAAGGACCAUCAGACCGAGGAGUGCAAGCGGGAGGAGUGCUUCCCACUGCCGCACCGUCAAAGCUACGGCGGUUCGUAGGACGACACAGUGCAGGACUCCGCAUCCGGCUAGUCAACAAGGACGGUACAUGGGUUAGGUUGAGCGCGGAAUCAAUUCGUGCGUACACAGAUGGUUGCAUGAGCGUCGCGUGGUGCCUACAACACCAUCGGCAUCUCGAUAAAGUAUUGCUGGUAGCGGUUGAACCGUGCACACCUCCUCAGAUGGAGUACACCGGUGUUUGGAGUGGCUACGGUGACUCUCAAGGCGACAUGCAUUCGUGGACUCACGAAGAAGACAUCGACGGUGGACCGAGUGGUGUAGAAGACAGAGUAGGAGGAGGUGGUACACAAAAUGAAGCGGGAAGUGAGAGUGAUAGCAGCUCAAGCCCUUUCGUAUUUGGCUUGGAGCCCAGCAAACGAAUUAGGAACAUUCGCAAUGAAGCCGCCGCUUUAGCUUCGCCAAAGUCAUCCCCGAGAAAAACCAAUGGCAACAGCGACGAGUGGUCGCCUAGCCGACAGCGGUUGAGUGACAAUGUGAAAGAGGUCAGCAUCCUUAUUGAGACUGACAUAGAGCCGGAGCUUGAACAGAGAAGUAGCAGUAAACUAGCGCAGACUGGUACUCAGACUUCGCCAGAUAGCGUUGGCGAAGAAAUUGUAGCCGCUGCUCAGGUUUACAUUGGUCCUAGUUGUAGCAAGUCGUCGACCAGCGAUGGCCGACUGAGUCCAAAGAGUAUAGCACGUGAACGCAUCGCGAAGCGGUCGCGCGCGUACAAGCGCAGCACGUCGCCGCCACCGCUGCCUGCGCGCAUGUCUGCACCGCCGCCGCCGCGCAAACAUGCACUAAGCCCCGCACAAGUCGAAUGUUUGCGUGCUAUCUUUGCUGCUUUGCUGUGGCAUGAAGGUAUCGUUCACGACGCGAUCGCGUGCGCGGCGUUCCUUAAGUUCCACCCUCAGCUGCCGAAGCAAGGCGCUCUCGUUGUCACCCGCUCGCCACACGAAGUCUUGCCACACACUCAAAGACAUUCAGUCGAAGUCUCCAAUGCUGGUCAAUAUUUGCGUAUCCAUCCGUCUACCCUGGAAACUUUGACUCGCUCUGGGGCCGAAGCCGCAGCGAGUCGUAGCCGUAAAGUUGACAACGCCACUAUAACCAUAAGGGAAGAAGAUCAUGUUCAUCAUACCAGCGAACCAGUGCCGUCUUCGUCGGUAGUGAAUGUGCUACCUCCAGCUCUGCGGGCUCUCGUUGCACUAUGGGACGCCCUAUUUGAUGCGGACGAGCUCGCCCCCGCAACUGACAAAAAGAAAGAUUUCUCUGAGAAGAACGAAAACGACGAUUCCAAGCCAAAUAGCGGAAUGCGUACGAAAAAGGAUUGUCCCAAAUCACCAGCCAACAAAUCGCCGUACUCAGUACGAUGCGAGCUUUGUGGCGGGGCAGGCGUAACGCCUCCACUUGCGGCCCAUAUGAGGAACAACCACCCGGGAUGCCGCGCUCCAUCCGUCAAAGGUUACGACCGUGCUGGUUCUUAUAAGCAAACCAAUCAACUUACGCCGGCUACUAAUUCUGUAAACUCAAUAUGCGGACAGCUCGCUCAAGCAUAUCAACUAUGGUACGUAUACUGCGAGAAAUGUCGCGAGAAAGCUUUAAAAGCUUCGACGUCGGUGGGAAAAUCGAAGACGAAGAUGCUACAGGAGUUGGGUUACGACCAUGUUGACAUGCAUCAAUCGGAAGUCGAUCAUCACGUCAUGAAGGAAAACGCCGUAUUCCUAUUGGACCUUGCACCACUAACUAAUUCUGAAUCGCUGAGCACGUCUCCUUGGUACGAAGGCUCUGGACGGAGUCCUCCAACGCCUCCGGGCAGCAUGUGGCAGCCGGCGCCGCCAUUCCAGUGCCUAGCUGCUUUGGGCGCUGCUCCUAAGAUGAACGCCAAAGCUGAUGCGGCUCGCUAUCAUUCCUUGGGACGACCUCCGCCACCCGCUGCUGCUCCUAUUACUACUCAGUACGCUACUGAGCUGAAUUUAAACUCGCAAUGGCCAAGGGUCCAUCGGUCUGUAUCCAUGGGACAAGCGGGAGCCAGGGACUUGGCACAGGCCGCGCACCCUCCACUCACCAGGAAUAUACAGACAGAAACUCAGGAUACACUCUCAGGUGCCGGAUCAUCGCUACUGGCCCAACCCAGCGCAGCACUACAGAAGUUAGUCGGUAGCAGGGAAUAUGACGGCGAGAGCUGCUCGGUUUCCGCAUUUGAAUCUCCUACUAUUGACCCUAAUACACUCGUGCAAAGCCCUGUGUUGACUUUCGUUUUGGCACGUAGAGACUUACACUCGUAUCGACAGAAGAUGGAUGCAGCCAUAAGAAUAAACACUAUUAGACAAUACGCCUUUGAGGCAUUGAACUGGAUACUGCGUUCGGCCACGCAGCCAACAGGUGUUCACGACGUUAUGUGGUGGUUCUGUAGUGCAUUGGAUAAGUACGCUCGUAUCGUGCCACCACCUCUUGCACUGGACGACAACAAAGAGAACGCAGCAAACGAUCCAAACCGCGUCAUAGUUCCCACCGCAUCAGCGUCGGCCAUAUGCCCGGGUGGCCGCUCCGCCCGUGGCGCGCGCGCCGCUUUUCAUGCUUUCCUCGGCUCAGUGAGCGCACUCGCUCCCUUUCUUCCACCAGCCAGUGCCGCUGGCCUGCAAGCAGUCAGAUGUUGGGCGCUCUAUUUCUCACCACAUGAUCGAGCCUUCUUGCACAGAUCUCAAGUGUUUAGUGUGAUAAGCAAGAUUCUGUCCCACUCAGAAGACAGCAUCUACGAGGACGGUAUGUUGGGAGCUUUACAUGAGAGCUUCCACAGUUAUCUUAGUAAGGAAAGCUUUGUUUGGAAUUGUCCUGAUGUGACGGGUUGGUGUGACAUCACCGUGUCUUCCCGACAAGGAAUGGCGGGUGCGCUCACUGAUGGCAGCACUGAGACCUUCUGGGAGUCCGGCGACGAAGACAGGAAUAAGGCGAAGUGGAUACAGGUCUCAUACCCGGGAGGAACUCCAGACGAUAGACCGCACAUUAUAUGUGUCCAUGUUGAUAAUACCAGGGACACAGUGAACAAAACGCUGCUUGUGUCGUUCCUGUUUAGCGGCGGUUCCACUGAAAUGUUUCACAUGCAAGAUAUUGAAGUUGACUCUAAAGCGGCUGCUUGGCUCUGUUAUACUUUACCAAGAUUAACAACGUCAGCUCUGCGAGUUCGCUGCGAGCUCCGCGGGCCGGAGCCGGCAGUCCGUGUUCGGCAGGUGCGGGUGCUGAGCGCGCCCACCCCACAGCCUGCUGCCGCAGCCAGUCCAGCGCAUAUCCUGCACUCAUUGUCUGAAACUGAUACCUUGAGAGUAUUUCGAUUACUGACGUCACAAGUGUUCGGUAAACUAUUGGAAUGGGAUCGCAGCGGCAGUGAAAGCAACGGCGAAGGCGCGUCUGCCACUGACGACACGGUUAUGCCUGAUGACAGCGAUUUGCGGGAACAUGUCGUCGGGAUUCUGUUUGCGGGACAUAAGCUGACAUCGUUACAACGACAGGUAAUGACGCAUAUAGUUUGCGCAAUUGGAUGCGAAGCAGCACGAGCUCGCGACGACUGGGAGACUGCUUUACUCUGCGCCGAGGCGGAGAGAGCGGACGAGAUGCACUCUCGACCGGCCAAUGCCCAUUUGCAAGAUAAUUAUUGUUUUGAGAUGCUUUCGCUGCUACUGGCGUUGAGUGGCAGCGCUGUAGGUCGUGCACAUUUAGCGCAGCGCACUGAACUUCUCGCAGACUUAUUGAGUCUCUUGCAUACUGGAAGUGAACGCGUUCAGAGACAAGUCAUAUCGUUAUUGCGGAGAAUAAUUACUGAAAUGCCGCCCCAGAAAAUGCUGGCAGCUGUGAAUUAUGGCAAUGAAUUGUCAUUAAGAGUAACUCUUCUAGACCACCUUGUGUGCUACCUGGGCAAGGCAAUAACGGUUCAAGUGAAAGUGAAAGGAGCCAGUGGAGUUGCACCUAGUACAGUGAUGAUGGGGACCAGUAUCAUCCCCACGUCUCUAACCCCUUGGUUUUUGAGGGGCGAAACUACUAAGAAACACGCCCAUCUUGUUGCUCGGUUGCUCUCUGAUAUGGCCGAGGACAAGGUGUCUCCUCAGUGGAGUCUCGAGACCCGUACAGCCUUGGCGAGCUAUGUCGCCGCCACGGCGCAGGUGCCGGAGAAGGACCGUAGCUCGUCACGCUGCGUCGCUUCGCCUGCACUGUGGAAAGCGCUUGCCGCGUUGUGCGUUUGCGAGCAAGAACACAUGGAAAUAAUUCACGGUGAUGGUGACAGUCGCGGACGGGAUUCGGGUGGGGAGUCUCGACCGUACUGCGCAAAUCACGACGAUGGUUCAACUAUCGCCGUAAUCGAUUGCCGUACUUGUGGCCCGCUCUGCGCAGAGUGCGACCGCUUCUUACAUCUCAAUAGGACCGCCCGGACUCAUCAUAGACAGAUUUGCAAGGAAGAAGAAAGCGCAAUACGUAUCGACGUUCAUGAAGGCUGCGGGAGAGCUAAACUCUUUUGGUUGUUAUUGUUAGUCGACCGUCGAACACUCAAGGCUUUGGCCGAGUUCCGUGGGAUGGAAAACGGAGUACGUGAAGGCUCGCCUAACACAGAAGGUGUAGUGGCGACGUCUGGUCCGGCAGGGCUGGCGGGUACGUGCCGCUUUUGCGGAACAAGGGGCAACUCAGGACUCUUAGCCAUUGGCAAUGUCUGCGCUGAUCAACAGUGUCAGGAGCACGGUGGUGAAGCUUGCAACCACGUGCUCGCGUGUGGGCACCAGUGCGGUGGCGUGCGCGGUGAACGUGCAUGCCUGCCCUGUCUGUUCGGUUGCGGAGGGGCGGAAGGUGACACGCCACUGCGGCAGGACGCUGACGACAUGUGCAUGAUCUGUUUCACUGAUCCCUUACAGGCCGCUCCCGCCUUACAGCUAAAAUGCGGACACGUAUUCCAUUUGCACUGCUGCAAGAAGGUGCUUGCUAACAAAUGGAUCGGCCCAAGAAUCACCUUUUCCUUCUCACAAUGUCCCAUUUGCAAGGAGGACAUGAAUCAUUGGACAUUAGAUGAGCUUUUGACACCAAUACGACGUCUACGCGAUGAAGUGAGACGUAAAGCAUUGAUGCGUCUCGAGUACGAAGGACUCGCCGCCCCGGGUGGCGCCAAAGGGCACAUGCUACCAGACCCCGCUACCUACGCCAUGGAACGCUAUGCGUACUACGUCUGUCAUAAGUGUGGAAAGGCAUAUUUCGGUGGUUUGGCCCGGUGUGAGGCGGAGACCAGCGGGUGGUGGGAGCCGGCAGAGCUGGUGUGCGGCGCGUGCAGCGACGUUGCCGGCGCACGUACAUGCCCCAAACACGGCGCCGACUUCCUCGAGUACAAGUGCCGUUAUUGCUGUUCUGUGGCGGUGUUCUUCUGUUUCGGCACAUCGCACUUCUGCAAUGCUUGCCACGACGACUUCCAAAGAGUUACCAAUAUCCCCAAGCAUUUACUUCCACAGUGUCCUGCUGGGCCAAAAGGCGAACAACUGCCCGGAUCGUCGGAAGAAUGUCCGCUGCAUGUGCAACAUCCUCCCACGGGCGAAGAGUUCGCUCUCGGCUGCGGCGUCUGUCGCCACGCUCACGCUUUCUGAAGAAACCCUCACCGCUCCACGCGAGUCUAAAGCCGGGUAUUCAUUAGGCAUUUGUUGCUUAACAUGUUUACAAUGAUGAACGUACUUAGGUUCAGCAAAAUUCUUAAAUUCGUGUAGUGGUAACGUUGUGUAACAUGUCAAUUGUUGCCUACUGAAUACCCGUCUUAGUCGCUGCUAUUCCACACUUCACGAUCUUCUUAUUUACGUGUUUACCAUUACUGGCAAUAUUUUACUUACUGCUUUUUCCUGUCAAAGGUAUCUGAUAAAUGAAAGAGGUGUUUUCAUUGGGACUUACUUAUUGUUGCUGUACAUCACUUAAUAAUUUGUUACUACCGUGCGUCGUGACUUAUAAUUAUGAUUGUCUUUACACACGUCUCCUGUAGUACUCGAAAUAAUCAAUUUAUAAAUAUGACAAA